CCGGGACACGGGGAUGCAGCGGAAGACCCCUGAGAUGGAAGGGGAUUCUCCAGGGGCGCAGGGAAGAAGAGAGAUGCGACGGCGACAAGGAAGGCGGCCUGGUGGGGGCAGGAGCCCCUCUGGGGAGGUUACAGAGAGAGCCGAGGCCAUGGCGGUCAGAGGGAGGAGAGCAACGAGGUGUUUUUAAAGGUCGGCACCGAGAUGCCCUUUUCAGAGGACGCCAUGAAGAAGAACCCUGCGGGGAGGGACCCUGUUGAAGAUGUCCCGAGGCCUCGGGACGGUGGAGCUCCGCGAGUUAAGCCCGCCAAGCCCGCACGCCCUCUGUCCACGGAGGCCGCCCGCGGGAGCCGGCCCCCCGCGCCGGUUGCUCGGGCCCGCCGGGUCGUCCCGGGCCCGCGGCGCCCGCCGCUGAUUGGCUGAGCCGCCCGGGCGGAAGUGAUGCUGCUGUCACUGGCUGCUGGGCUCCCGGGAAGCCGCGAGUUUCCGUAGGGAGGCGGCGGCUCCUGCGGCCAGGCGGGUCUGUAGCCUGUGCUGAGUCAACACUACUCACAGUGAAAGUGAUGCCUUUUCUCCCUUUGCACAAGAUGAGUGUGACGUGGUUAGCCAGACCAGGAGCUCAACCUCACGUAGCGUCCAGCCUACUGCUCUGAUGCCGAAGGGGAGGCAGAGAGUGCCACACUUGGAUGCCCCCCUGGGCCUGCCCACCUGCCUCUGGCUGGAAUUAGCCGGGCUCUUCUUACUGGUUCCCUGGGUCAUGUGCCUGGCAGGGACAGGUGGGCCUGAGGCCCAGGGUCCAGGGGGGCUAAGCUGGGCUGUGCAUCUGGACAGCCUGGAAGGUGAGGGGGCAGAAGAGACUCUGGAGCAGCAGGCAGAUGCCUUGGCCCACGCAGCAGGGCUGGUGAAUGCUGGGCGCAUCGGUGAGCUUCGGGGCCAUUACCUCCUGGUCCAGCCAGCCGGGCGUGGGCAGGCCCUGGAGGUGGAGGCCAUCCGGCAGCAGGCGGAAGCGGUGUUGGCCAGGCACGAAACUGUGCGCUGGCACUCAGAGCAGAGGCUGCUAAAGCGGGCCAAGCGCAGCAUGCACUUCAAUGACCCCAAGUACCCGCAGCAGUGGCACCUGUAUAACCGGCGGAGCCCUGGCAGGGACAUCAACGUGACGGGUGUGUGGGAGCGCAAUGUGACUGGGCGAGGGGUGACGGUGGUGGUGGUGGAUGACGGAGUGGAACACACCAUCCAGGAUAUCGCCCCCAACUAUAGUCCUGAGGGUAGCUAUGACCUCAACUCUAAUGAUCCUGACCCCAUGCCCCACCCGGAUGUGGAGAAUGGCAACCACCAUGGCACGCGAUGUGCUGGAGAGAUCGCUGCUGUGCCCAACAACAGCUUCUGUGCCGUGGGCGUGGCCUACGGGAGCCGCAUAGCAGGUAUCCGGGUGCUGGACGGACCUCUCACAGACAGCAUGGAGGCCGUGGCGUUCAACAAGCACUACCAGAUCAAUGACAUCUACAGCUGCAGCUGGGGACCAGAUGAUGAUGGGAAGACAGUGGAUGGCCCACAUCAGCUUGGAAAGGCUGCCUUGCAACAUGGGGUGAUUGCUGGUCGCCAGGGCUUUGGGAGCAUCUUUGUGGUAGCUAGUGGUAAUGGGGGCCAGCACAAUGACAACUGCAACUACGAUGGCUACGCCAACUCCAUCUACACAGUCACCAUAGGUGCUGUGGAUGAGGAGGGGCACAUGCCGUUCUAUGCAGAGGAAUGUGCCUCUAUGCUGGCGGUCACCUUCAGUGGUGGGGACAAGAUGCUCCGGAGCAUCGUGACCACUGACUGGGACCUUCAGAAGGGAACUGGCUGCACCGAGGGUCACACAGGGACUUCAGCUGCAGCACCUCUGGCAGCCGGCAUGAUAGCCUUAAUGCUGCAGGUUCGGCCCUGCCUCACGUGGCGUGACGUCCAACACAUCAUUGUCUUCACAGCCACCCAGUAUGAAGAUCGCCGUGCAGAUUGGGUCACCAACGAGGCAGGCUUCAGCCAUAGCCACCAGCAUGGUUUCGGCCUGCUCAAUGCUUGGAGGCUCGUUAAUGCAGCCAAGAUCUGGACAUCUGUACCUUACUUAGCAUCGUAUGUCAGUCCUGUGUUGAAAGAGAACAAGGCUAUUCCGCAGUCCCCCCGCUUGCUGGAGGUCCUGUGGAAUGUCAGCAGGAUGGACCUGGAGAUGUCGGGGCUGAAGACCCUGGAGCAUGUGGCAGUGACAGUCUCCAUCACUCAUCCACGGCGCGGCAGCUUGGAACUGAAACUGUUUUGCCCCAGUGGCAUGAUGUCCCUUAUCGGCGCCCCUCGCAGCAUGGACUCGGAUCCCAACGGCUUCAACGAUUGGACCUUCUCCACUGUGCGAUGCUGGGGGGAGAGGGCAAAAGGUGUCUACAGGCUGGUUGUCAGGGAUGUAGGAGAUGAGUCGUUGCAGGUGGGCAUCCUCCGGCAGUGGCAGCUGACCCUGUAUGGCUCUGUGUGGAGUCCCGUAGACAUAAGGGAUAGACAAAGGCUGAUAGAAAGUGCCAUGAGUGGGAAAUAUCUGCAUGAUGGCUUCGCUCUGCCCUGCCCCCCUGGGCUGAAAAUUCCUGAGGAAGAUGGUUACACCAUCACCCCCAACACCCUCAAGACGCUGGUGCUGAUAGGCUUUUUUACCGUCUUCUGGACCAUCUACUACAUGCUGGAAAUAUAUUUGAGCCAGAGGAACGUGGCUUCCAACCCACUUUGUAGGCGUGGACACUGCCACUGGCCCCAAUGGAGCCGAAAAGCCAGGGAGGAGGGGACAGAGCUAGAAUCAAUGCCACUGUGCAACAGCAAGGAUCUAGACGGAGUGGAAGCAGAGAGCGGAGGCCCUCCCACGACCUCUGGCCUCCUCGCCCCAGACUUGCUGGAUCAAGGGGACUGGACCCUGUCCCAGAACAACAAGAGUGCCCUGGACUGCCCUCACCAGCACCAACCCAUAGACCUGUUACAGGGGAAGGAGGAGCAGAUCUGCUGACCUCAGGGCCUCACAGACUCAGUGUGGGACAGGCUCUUGCUUCCCCAAA